AUGGAGACGAUGACAUCAAUGAUGGAGCUCGACAAGCUCCCAGACCCAUUCUCUCUACCUUUCCAACACCUUUCUUGUUCACCAAACAGAGUAUUCUCCGGCGAAAGCUAUACCAACAGCCACCCCACAACACCACCGCUGCAACCACAACCAUCCUUUUUCAGUCACUCGAUGCCACCGCCAUCUCCAUCCAAGACCUCAUGUAAGCCGGUUCCAGUAGAUGCGAUGAGGGAGAUGAUAUUCCAGAUGGCGGCGUUGCAGCCAGUUCAGAUUGACCCGGAAUCAGUGAAGCCACCGAAGAGACGAAACGUGAAGAUAUCGAAGGACCCACAAAGUGUAGCGGCGAGGCACCGGAGAGAGAGGAUUAGUGAGCGGAUUCGGAUACUUCAGAGAUUAGUUCCCGGUGGUACAAAGAUGGACACGGCGUCGAUGUUGGAAGAGGCUGUCCAUUACAUGAAAUUCUUGAAAAAACAAGUGCAGUCUUUUGAACAGGCGGCUGCUGGUGGUAGUAUGGCGGCGAUGGUAAAGAAAGAAGCUGACGUCGGUGGUUUGCUGCUACACCGGCGGCAUGAAUCGUGGUGGUGA